AUGACUCUCAUUAUCAUUGGAGAGCUACUUCAGCUUGUGUGUGAAGCAUCGCCAAUCAGAAAGGCAUCUGAUAUUGAGUCCCUCGAUUUCAGGGAAGCCCAUGUACUGAUCGUACUCGAGAGGGUUGUUGAUGUUGAAGGCGUCGGUGUCGUUGACGCGCUCAAGGUCAAACGGGGUGGAAGGCCAACCGAUGAGAUGCUGAGUAGCAGCGUAGUCGUAGUGCAUCAGGGGGUUCUGGAACUCUCGCGGCAUGGAGAUAUGAGCGAGGUCAUGGUUGCAGUCUUCGACCGCAUGAACCGGAAUACCCAGGGCGCCGACAGAAUUCUCGUCAUAGGCGUCUCCGAGAAGCUCCUUGGCCAGCUGCUCGGGGGUGCCCCGAACAGCGUGUUGCAUGGCAAUCUUCUUGGAAGCAGUGACAGGCGAGUUGCGUGGAGCAAUGAUGGCGUUCUGGUUCGAAGCCAUACGUGCAAGAAGUUCCGCGCCUUGGUCGGCGAAGUAGCCAGCCUUGAUCAUCUUGGACAGAAGCUCAACCUCGGUGCUGGGGUAAUCGCCCUGGUUGAUCUCCGAAAGGGAACCAGCAGACGCCUUCUUGUCUCGAAACAGCUUGGCGGUACCAUCGCGUUCAUCGGUGAUGGUCCAUUUGAGCUCGCGGAGGUACGCGGCGGGUUCGAUGAUGUUCAUCUCAGGACAGGCAAUGCUGAGAAAGAUCGAAAGGGAGACUCGAUCUUUUCCAACUUCAUCGCGCACGAAGGAGUAGACCUUGGCAAUGAGAAUCCGGAGGCGUUCUUCUGCUGGACAUCGGGGAAAAUCUUCAGGUAG